AUGAAGAUUUUUCACAACAUCAUUGAAAGGAAAUUCUUGAACAGAGUUGUACGUGAAACGCUGCCAAAUCUCACUGAAAAGAAAUUGUUGGACAUUUUGAAGUCUGGUGUGCUGGACAUCGCCAUCGACGACUACAACCAACAAAGGAUUAACCGAAUGUACCGUCAACAUCAACUGAUCAAGGUUCACUUGAACUGGACAUAUCGCCAGUUGGUCGGGGUUAUGGCGCUGGUGAGCAAGUCCAAUCGAGAAUCAAAAGAGCUGACUCGGCAGAUCAAGUCUCUGCAGACCAGUGUUAAUGGAUUCAAAAGUAGUUUCAAUGAAAUCCGUGAAGAAAAUGUUCGUUUGAAACAAACCAUGAGUGGGAUCGAGAACCAAGUGAUGGAAUUGUCAUCUUGUUUUCCGUCGGAUACAUCAUGUGGUGUGGUCAAGGACAGGAGCACCCGUGUGGUCUCCAUCAAUACCUGGGACACUGCCCUGACAACUGAGUUCUCUAGUGGAUACACAGCAGAGGAUGUUGGGCAUGAUGAAUUGCUUUCCACGAUUACACCAGAGGUGACGUUAACCCACGAAACGCCUGUUUUGACAACUGAGGCUGAGAAGCAGGACAAAGAGAGCGAGACCUUCUCCAUGCGUUCCGGAGAGCAUACAGACCCAGCCGUGCACACGUUGACGCCGACAACCGACGUCACGGACAGUUUCGCUGAAGACCUUGAGGAUGAAAAACUUAUAACGCUGAUCCCGAGGCAGAGGUUUGUGAACCUGUGUGGACCUGAUAGUGUCGAGUUAUCCGUAGUUCGAGACAAGCGCAAUGUUGGACUAGAAAGACCACAAGGUCUGAUUCGGGACUAUUCAGUAACAGCAAUGUAA